AUGGAUACCGACAGGGGCCUCCGGCUCAGGCACUGGGCUGACAAGCUCGCCGUCGACCACGAGCCUGGCCUGACCACCUCCCAGCUGAUGCUCACCAACCAUGACCUCAAGCCCGUCGAACACGAGAGGCGGCAGUGGAAAUCAUGGAACUUUGUCGGCUUCUGGAUCGCCGACAGUUUCAACAUCAACACCUGGAUGAUCUCAUCGUCCAUGGUGGCUGCCGGUCUGUCGUGGUGGCAGUCCUGGCUCUGCGUCUGGAUCGGCUAUGCCAUUGCAGGCUGCUUCAUAUGCGCCACCGGCCGCAUAGGCGCCACUUACCACAUCGGCUUUCCUGUCGUGAACAGAGCCUCCUUUGGCAUCUGGGGGAGCUUGUGGCCUGUCUUCAACAGGGCUGCCAUGGCUUGUAUCUGGUAUGGUGUCCAGAGUUAUAUUGGGGGCGAGUGCGUCUACCUGAUGAUCCGAGCCAUUUGGAAAAGCUGGGACCGAGACACAAUCCCAAACACCUUUCCUGCUGAUUCUGGCACCACGACGGCGGACUGGGUCAGCUUCUUCCUCUUCUGGCUGCUCUCCCUCCCUGCCAUCUGGUUCCCUGUCCACCAGAUCCGUCAUCUGUUCACUGUCAAGGCCUACUUUGUGCCCUGCGCCGCCAUUGCCUUCCUGAUCUGGGCUGUCGUGCGAGCCGGCGGCAUCGGUCCUGUCGUCAGCCAGCCUUCGACCCUCUCGGGCUCAGCCUUGGGAUGGGAGUUCGUCAAGGGCAUCAUGUCCUCCAUCGCCAACUUCGCGACCCUGAUCGUCAAUGACCCCGACUUCUCCCGAUUCGCGAGAAAGCCCAAGGACGCCCUCUGGUCCCAGCUCUUCACCAUCCCUAUCGGCUUCGCCGUGACCUCCUUCAUCGGCAUCAUCGUGUCCUCGAGCUCUGCCGUCAUCUAUGGCGGUGACCCCGUCUGGGACCCGACCGAGCUUCUGGAGAAGUUUCUUGAUGAUGGCGGCUCCGCGCAGCGCUUCGGCGUCUUCAUCAUCGCCUUCGCCUUCGCGCUCGCUCAGCUGGGGACCAAUAUUGCCGCCAACUCUGUCUCCGCCGGAACAGACAUGACUGCGCUCUUUCCCCGGUACCUCAACAUCAGACGUGGCGGAUACAUCUGUGCCGCUGUCGGCCUGGCUAUGUGUCCCUACACCCUCCUCACCUCGUCCAACCAGUUCACGACCUACCUGUCUGCCUACUCCGUCUUCCUCUCCUCCAUCGCCGGCGUCAUGAUCUCGGACUACUACUUUGUUCGCAAGGGCUAUCUCGAGGUCAAGGAGCUCUACGACGCACGCAGCACCGGCCCCUAUUACUACUUCUUUGGCUUCCACUGGAGGGCCUACGCCGCCUACAUCGCCGGCAUCCUGAUCAACGUCGUCGGGUUUGCCGGCGCCAUCGGCCGCAGCGUGCCCGCGGGAGCGACCUACAUUUACAAUCUGAAUUUCUUCUGUGGCUUUAUCGUGUCCUCGGGCAUGUACUGGGCCUUGUGUAAGAUCUUCCCUAUCCCGGCGUGCAGCGAUCAGUGGAUGGAAGUGGGCGAUGCCAUUGAUGAUGUGCGGCUGGCGUAUGAGCCAAGCGACGGUGAGGGCGAGGACGGAACCGGUAAAGGUGUCGACUCGAAAAUGGUCUGAGGUGGGCCGCGUACGUGUGUCCUCAUCAAGAGAGCGGGACUUUCAAGAGUCCUACAGUGGCUUAUAGAAGUAGAAGGAGAAUACAGUCCAAUGUAUAUG